UGCUGCAGCUGGGCCUGGCUCCCGGGGAGGCUCUGAGUUCAGGGCUCUUGUCUGAGGUUCCAGUGGGCAGGCGCGGGGCCCCGAGUGCUGGCUCAGCCAGGUGAGGCGGUGCUGUAUCCUUCGGGUGGCGAAAUCAGGCUGCGGGUCUGGCCCAGGGACACAGGGGCGGGGGAGGGAGCAGCCUCCGGGGGCGGAUGUUCUACCAGCUCGGGGAGGACUCAGUCAAUGUUAAACAGCUUCUGGCAUGCCAGAUGGGCACGUGUGUCACCCAGGGGCCCCUGCCCUCACAUGAGGCCACCGGGACGGUCCUUCUGCCUGGGGUCGUCGGCACACACUUUGGUGCCCGGCUAUUGCAGGUGCGGGAUCUGGAGGCAGGCGGGGCUCGUGGCGGCCAUGGGGCAAUUAUGGGACCAACUGCACACAUUUCAGUCCAGGACCCAGUGCGCCGACGGUAUAAAGAAAUCGAGGCUCAGAGAGGCGAGGAAAGGACUCAUCCAAGGUCACACAGAUCCUUUGGGCAACUCCUCGCCAUCCCAAACUGUCUCAUCAGUCUGCUUGGUAGUUGUGCGGCCCCCUUCCACGACUCCCAGCUCCACGGGGCAGGGACUUUUUGGUGUUGCUCACAGCUGUCUGUCCAGGACCUCACCAACUAGGGGGCCCCCCAGAAGUACUGGUUCAUAAGUGACUGCUUGAAUAAAUGAACAAUUGAAGGACGUCUCUUCAGAACUGUGCCUAGGAUUCCUUCGCUUGAUUUGUUCCUUCAACAUACAUCUAUUGAAUGCUUACUGAAUGCAGGCACCGGGCAUACGGCUGUGAACUAGUCCAGCGGGAGACAGGAAUUAGGACAUGAAGAAAUGAGGCUGGACCAUAACGGGGAACGAGAGGCCUGGAGAGCUGACAAGGACCCCUAACCCAGCCAAAGGAGAGUGACUGGGGAGACCCCUUGGGGGAAGCGAUAUGUUGAAAU